AUGAGUGUUGAAACUGCUGCUAUGUUUAAUAAUAAUCAUCUUCCCAUUGGUGAUUUUAAACCUGCCCAUUCAAGAUCCAGAUCUUACAAUGAAUUAUUGAAUAAAUUUAAACAACAAAUUACCACUGAAUCUACCAGAUUUAGAAACAGAAAAAGAAGUAAUAGUGAUUUAGAUGAAGAUUUAGAGAAUAAUAAAAGGUCAAGAACUGCACCUCCAAGAAGUCAAAGUCCUGAAAAAUUACCUGUUAUGCCAUCACCAAGAUUAUCAUCAAAAUCUCCAAAUGUCAGAUCAAGAUCUUUAUCACCUAAUAAAUCAUUAAGAACCGAAAAAAUUGAAAGAAAUUCAAUUGAUAACGGUGUUAUUUCUCAUCAAACUCAAUCUUUACCUUCAAUAGAUCAACUGCCUGUUGAAGAUUCAAGUAAAGGAUUGAAAAUAUUAAAUACUAGUAAAUUCGGUUCAGUUAAUAAAUCCGAUAUUACUUUACCAAGCAUUUCUGCGGUUUUAUCUGAUGAUAUCAAAACCUUGAACCAAACCAAAUUAUCUCCACCAACCACAUCCUUGGAUUAUUUCGAUACUAAACCAAAUGAAAAGAGAUUCUCCAAUUAUUCAAAUGAUGAAAAGAAACCAAUUUUUAAUUGUAAAAUCUCCAAACCAGUUUUACCUCCUGUUGGCUUAAGUGAAAGGAAAAUUAACUUCCCUUAUGAAUCUAAUUAUACUUAUUUGAACAAGACUUAUUUAAAUGAUGUUGAAAGAUAUCCUGAAUAUUUGGAAUUGGCUCAAUCAUUAGUUCAAUUAUCAAAAUCAGAUAAUAUUCCUAUUCCAACCAACUCACCAAAACAGUAUUCAUCAUUUCCUCCACUUUAUCCUUAUCAAGUACAACAACAACCUCAUCAAUAUCAACAACAAAAUAUACCGUACUAUCAACAUCAACAACAAUAUUAUCCAUAUCAAUAUCAGUAUUUGAAAUCUCCUUCAAAUGCUGUUUAUGCAUUCCAAUCAAAUUAUCCAUCCUACAUACCAGAACAACCAGUUACUCCUCCAAAGAAACACACCAAGUUUAUCCCUAUCACCCCACCAUCAUCAAAAAUCAACAAAAAGGAAGUCAAAACUUCAUCUCCAAAGAGUCAUCCUCCAAGAGUUUGUAUAUCUUGUGGAUCUGAUCAAAGUCCUUGUUGGAGACCUUCAUGGUCUUCUAAAGAAGGUCAAUUAUGUAAUUCUUGUGGUUUAAGAUACAAAAAGACAUCAGCUAGAUGUUUGAAUGAUGAAUGUAAGAAAAUCCCUGCUAAAGGUGAAUGGUCUCUUAUGUUAAAUAAAGGGUUACAUACUUUUGAUGACGGUGAACAAUGUUACAGUUGUUUGGAAUGUGGUUAUAAAGUUGAGGUUAAAAAAUGA